CUCUACACAGCAAGCUGCAACUAUUGACUAACUCUACACAGCAAGCUGCAACUAUUGACUAACGCUGCACAGCAAGCUGCAACUAUUGACUAACUCUACACAGCAAGCUGAAACUAUUGACUAACUCUACACAGCAAGCUGAAACUAUUGACUAACUCUACACAGCAAGCUGCAACUAUUGACUAACGCUGCACAGCAAGCUGCAACUAUUGACUAACGCUGCACAGCAAGCUGCAACUAUUGACUAACGCUGCACAGCAAGCUGCAACUAUUGACUAACUCUACACAGCAAGCUGAAACUAUUGACUAACUCUACACAGCAAGCUGCAACUAUUGACUAACGCUGCACAGCAAGCUGAAACUAUUAUCCAACGCUACACAGCAAGCUGCAACAAUGAAUACACAACAAGCAGCAACUUCCAACACACAACUAACAUCUGACAACAAGCUGCGACAGGAGUUCAUUUCACUACCGACUACCAGCUAAGAACACAACAAGCAGUCACUAGCUGAAACUAUUAUCCAACGCUACACAGCAAGCUGCAACUAUUCUGUUGGAACUAUUCUGUCGGAACUAUUCUGUCGGAACUAUUCUGUCGGAACUAUUCUAUCAGAACUCUCCUAUCAGAACUAUUCUGUUGGAACUCUUCUGUCGGAACUAUUCUAUCUAUUCUAUCGGAACUAUUCUAUUGGAACUAUUCUAUUGGAACUCUUCUGUCGGAACUAUUCUGUCUGAACUAUUCUUUCAGAACUCUUCUGUCGGAACUAUUCUGUCGGAACUAUUCUUUCAGAACUAUUCUGUCGGAACUAUUCUGUCGGAACUAUUCUGUCGGAACUCUUCUGUCGGAACUCUUCUGUCGGAACUCUUCUGUCGGAACUAUUCUGUUGGAACUACAAGGAAGGUGGCGCCAGUGGAGUUGUCAUGGAGAAUUCUGUGUUGUGGAUAUUCCUGACAGCAACAUGUGUUAUUAAAGGUGUGUGUGGUCAGUCAGUCCAGAUGGAACCCGGGCAGUCAGGGUACGUGGGCUCCAAGGUGGAUCUACCAUGUCUUUUUAUCAACAGCAUCCCACCUGUCAAGAUCUCACAGGUGACAUGGCAGAAGGUGAUUAAUGGAAAGAAACAGAACGUGGCGAUAGCUAACCCGUCUCUAGGCGUGUCUGUAGCUCCGCCCUUCAAAGACAGAGUCAGCUUCAAAAACCCUUUGGUGCGGAGGAGAACUCCGUCCCUGGAGGACACCACUCUGACCCUCUCGUCUCUGCGACUGUCUGACGAGGCCAGAUACAUCUGUGAAUACACUACCUUCCCUGCUGGCAACCGCGAAAACACAGUCAAUCUCACAGUCUACGCUCGACCUUUGACCCAGAUGAGUUUGUCAACACCCACACUGGUAGCUCGGUCAUCCAAUCUGAAGACGCCGGUCGCCACCUGCCUCUCGGCCAAUGGGAAGCCUCCAGGAACCAUCAGGUGGGACACGCGUGUGCGUGGUGAAGCGACCACCCAGGAGAUCCGUAACUCUGAUGGGACGAUCACGGUGCGAAGCGACUUCAUCCUGGUACCCAGCAAGAACACACACCUGGAGACACUCACCUGUAUCACCUCCUAUAACCAGGAGACAUACACCGACUCUGUCACGCUGGACAUACAGUAUGAACCAGAGGUGUCAGUGGAGGGGUUCGAUGGGAACUGGUACCUGGACCGUCAGAACGUUGAGCUCACAUGUCUGACUGAUGCCAACCCACCUGUCUCUCUGUUCCAGUGGAGAAUGUUGAAUGGUUCCAUACCGAACAGCGUAGAGAUCCGUGACAAUGUUCUGUCAUUUAAAGGACCAAUCAGAUACGAGGUAGGAGGGACUUAUGUCUGCGACGCAACCAAUAGCAUCGGGACAAGCUCCGCCUUCAUGGAGGUCAGCAUCACAGAGGAGCCACUGCCCCAGGUGGGAACGGGUGAUGUCAUCAGUGUUCUGGGCAUGCUAUUGGCUGUGGGGCUGAUUCUGGGCGUGGCGAUCACUGUGCUGCUUCUUAACAGGAGAAAACAGAGGGGAGAGGCGGAUGCUGACUCGACAGACUCUGCUCCUUCUCUUAAACUGGCUCCUCCUCCUGCCAGUAGAAAACCUGGUGAUGAGUUCCAGCGGUCAGGGAGGGUGUAUGAAGACCUCCCCAACACAGCGGACUAUGUCAGCUACCGACUGGCCUGCAACAAGGAUGACUACCCAGAACCCUACUCUCCCCCCAUCAACCCUCCCCUCUCCCUCCCCGACUCUCCACCUAUCAACCCUCCCCUCUCCUUCCUCUCCCAGCAUGCCUACACCCACUCCAACAAUACCUUCUCCCCCGCCUCCCAUCCCUCCUCUGUCUUCAGAUAUCCUUCCCUCCCCUCCCUAUCCCCCCCUCCCGGCCUUGCACCCUACACCUUCCCAAAAGAACAGUAUGUCUGACCUGUAACACCUCUUUAGAGAGCAUGAACCAACAGCUUUUCUCUAUCUUCUGUUCCCCUCUCCUUCAUCGUCUGUUCAUCCACUCUGACCUCAGAAUGUUUUCUAAUCCUAGAUAUGAGUGUGUGUGUGUGUUCAAAGUUUUAAGAUCUAUAUUAACCUCGUUUUGUGCAAGGGGGCAUUGUCAUGCUGAAACAGGAAAGGGCCUUCCCCAAACUGUUACCACAAAGUUG